GGCUUCCGUAGUGAACUUCGUUCAUAGCUGCACGUUUGAACUUGACGUCAAUCAAGCUGCAGUACAGUUGCGCUUUGGUUGCGCUAUGACGCUCACGAUAAAUAAAAUGUUACAGUUGCGUAGCGCGUGGCGAAAUGCGUCAGUUUGCGCAAAACAGUGCCUCGCUUUGAAAAGCCAACCUGAGCAGCACAGGGCCUUUGUCUCCACUGGGCAGCGGCAGGUGAAUGGAACCUUCUAUGAGUUCCGCACCUAUUUCAUCCAACCCCAUCUCAACUCUGCCUUCCUCAAAUUAACUAAUGAUAAGAUCCACCUCCGGACAGCCCAUUCAAAGCUCUUAGGCUACUGGACUGUGGAAUAUGGGGGUCUCAAUCAGGUUUUCCACAUCUGGGAGUAUGAUAACUAUGCCCAGCGGGCAUCAGUACGGGCAGGUCUGGCUCAGGACCCAACCUGGACGGAGCAGUACCUCUCUAAAGCAUUGCACAUGCUCAGCUCUCAGGAUAAUGAGGUGACAUACCUCGUACCCUGGAGUAAAAUUCAGAAACCACCCAAAGAGGGAGGUGUUUAUGAGCUGGCUACCUUCCAGAUGAAACCAGGAGGUCCGGCGGUGUGGGGCCGGGCAUUUCAGGCAGCAGUGGGAACCCACACCGGGUCAGGAUAUGCCCAUCCAGUGGGGGUUUUUCAUUCUGAAUUUGGUCAGCUUAAUCAAGUGAAUGUUUUGUGGUGGUUUGAGAGCGCAGACCAUCGAGCAGCAAUACGACGUCACUCUCAUGACGAUGCCAGAGUAGUUGCGGCAGUAAGGGAGAGCUCUGCAUAUCUGGUGUCACAGAAGAAUAAACUCUUGUUCCCCUGUGGAUUCUCACCAAUGAAAUAGCCUGGACCCAUACUGUAAUUUGACAAAACCGGAGUCUCCAAAUGAUGGAAAUUGUGUAUACAGUGAUUCAAACGUUGCAAUGAACCAAUCACCAAACAGACAAACAUAUUACAGACUAUUAUGUCAAACAAAAAUAUAACCCAUUUAAAGUAGCACUUUCUUAAUGACAUUGCAUAGGUUUUAUUUAGUAGGCAUAUGUUUAGUCUAUCGAAAAGAGACUUUGUCAAACUGUUCACUCAGUGGUAUGUGCAUGUCAAUAAAUCAACAUAUCAUUAAAUUGCA